AUGCCAAACAAAGAUACCCGUUUUUGUACUAAAUGGUUGUAUAAACUUGAUGGAACAAAAAAUCCAUGUUCACGCUGGCUUAAACAAGGCAAAACUGUCAGUACAUUUUUAUGUAUUGUUUGUAAUGAGGAAAAAAGUUGUAAAAAUGGUGGUUGGUCCGAUGUUUAUAAACAUUCACAACGACCAAAACAUCUACAAUGUCUUAAAGAUGUUAUUGAAUCAGGUCAAUUAAUUGUUACAAAAUCAUCAUCAUCAUCAUCUCUUCAAGUAAAUACAAGUAAUGAACGUGCAUUAACAUUAGAUGAAAAAGUUACACGUGCUGAAGCUUAUUGGGCAAUGGCAACAGCUAAACUUGGUCUUAGUUAUAAUUCUUCACAAUAUAUUCAAGAAUUAUUUUCUCAAAUGUUUUCUGAUAGUAAUAUAGUAAAAGAAUUUUCAAUGAAACCAAGAAAAUUAUCUUAUAUAUUAUCACAUGGUACAGGUCAUUAUUUUACUAAAAUUAUGUUACAUGAUUUAAUGAAAGCACCGGGCUAUACAUUAAUAUUUGAUGAAACAAUAACUGUUAGUGUAAGAAAACAAUUAGAUUUACAUUUUCGUUAUUGGUGUGAAAGAAAACAAGAAAUAGUUGUAAGAUAUUAUAAAAGUAUUUUUCUUGGUCAUGCAACAGCUGAAAUACUUUUUCGAAAUAUGAUUGAUACAUUACGAGCAGAUGGAAUUGAUAUAAAGAAAAUAUUAAUGUUAGGCAGAGAUAAUCCCAAUGUGAAUAAAACUGUUGAAAUUAUGAUGGAUCAAGAAAUUCGUCUUGAACGAGAAAAACAGUGA